UAUAUUUACAAAUAGAACACACCAAAUGCAAAAUACAUUUGUAGAGAGACCCCAAUAAUGGCAUUUACUUCUUCUCCUUCGCAUGGUUACCAAAACGCAGCGUUUUGGCGCACUCUUUUCAUAUUACACUGUAUCUCUACACUACUAGUCUUCACUACGAUCUCAACACCACCCGAAGAUCCUGUCAAAUGUGUGUCGGGAAACACGAAUUGUACCGUCACCAACUCGUACGGAGUCUUCCCAGACCGUUCCACGUGUCGAGCCGCCAAUGUGGCAUACCCAACAUCUGAAGCGGAGCUUGUCUCUGUAGUUGCUGCAGCCACUCAAGCCGGACAGAAAAUGCGUGUAACCACUCGUUAUUCCCAUAGCAUCACUAAGCUCGUGUGUACCGAUGGAACUGACGGUUUGUUCAUAAGCACAAAGUUUCUAAACGAUACCGUGAGAGCCGAUGCAGAUGCCAUGACCUUGACGGUUGAGAGCGGCGUGACACUUAGGCAGCUCAUUGCUGAAGCCGCUAAGGUUGGAUUAGCGUUGCCUUAUGCACCGUAUUGGUGGGGAUUGACCGUGGGUGGUAUGAUGGGGACCGGUGCUCACGGAAGCUCAUUGUGGGGUAAUGGUAGUGCGGUCCAUGAUUAUGUGACCGAGAUCAGGAUGGUUAGUCCUGGUUCGGCCAAUGAUGGGUUUGCAAAGGUUAGAGUUUUAAGUGAGAUUACAACUCCUAACGAGUUUAACGCGGCUAAGGUUUCUCUUGGCGUUCUUGGCGUUAUCUCUCAGGUGACUUUUAAAUUGCAACCGAUGUUCAAGAGAUCUUUAAGAUAUGUUAUGAGAAACGAUUCAGAUUUCGGAGAUCAAGCCAUAACAUUUGGGAAGAAACAUGAGUUUUCAGAUUUCAUAUGGUUACCAAGCCAAGGCAAAGUGGUUUACCGAAUGGACGACCGGGUAGCGGUCAACACGUCGGGCAACGGUUUGUUCGAUUUUUUGCCGUUCCGUUCGCAACUCUCUGCGGCAUUAGCCAUCAUUAGAUCUUCAGAGGAGACACAAGAGAGGUUCAGAGAUGGGAAUGGGAAGUGUGCGGGAGCCACAUUAAUUUCGUCUACACUGUUUGCUACAGCAUUCGGUCUGACCAAUAAUGGCAUUAUAUUUGCCGGUUAUCCGGUUAUUGGAAGUCAAAACCGUAUGAUGUCGUCAGGAUCAUGCUUAGACAGUCUUCAAGAUGGAUUGAUCACAGCGUGUCCAUGGGACUCACGUAUAAAAAGCGAAUUCUUUCACCAAACAACGUUCAGUGUGCCGCUCACGCAAAUCAAAAGUUUCAUCAAUGACAUCAAAUCUCUUGUCCAGAUUAAUUCAAAAUCUCUAUGCGGACUUGAGCUCUACUAUGGUAUUCUUAUGCGUUAUGUCACAUCAUCUCCAGCUUUUCUUGGGAAAGAAACCGAAGCUUUAGAUUUUGACCUAACGUAUUACCGAGCCAAAAACCCGUUAACUCCGCGACUUUAUGAAGAUUUCAUCGAAGAAAUUGAGCAAAUUGCGUUGUUCAAGUAUAAUGCAUUGCCACAUUGGGGUAAAAACAGAAACUUAGCAUUUGAUGGGGUGAUAAAAAAGUAUAAGAACGCACCUGCGUUCUUGAAAGUAAAAGAAACUUACGAUCCAACUGGUUUAUUCUCAAGUGAAUGGACAGAUCAAAUCCUAGGAAUCAAAGGAAAGGCGACGAUAGUAAAAGAUGGAUGUGCAUUGGAGGGAUUGUGUAUAUGUGCCAAGGAUGCUCAUUGUGCUCCGACCAAAGGAUAUUUGUGUCGACCAGGGAAAGUCUACAAAGAAGCUAGGGUCUGUACACGUGUUGAUGACAUAAGUGUACACGUGUUGAUGACAUAAGCUAGGAGCCUUCCCUAACGCAAGGCCAAGGGUACAAUCUUGUUCGUUUGACAACAAAUAAAAUUGGUAAAAUCUUGCUCAUCACGCUUAUCUUUAAAUAGAAGAAUACAUUAUCUAAUCCAUACUCCCAUUUUGUUCGCAUUUUUUUCCUGAUCAAUAUAUACGUUUCAUUUCCAUUUAAGUUGUUUAAAAUCUUUGUGUAUAAAAUUUGAACCAUUAGUUAACCAGAAACACAAGAUAAAGUUUUGCACCAAUGGAUUUAUUAGAGAUUUAGAGGUAGUUGUUCCAUAACUGGAGAAGAAUUAAGUACAAAGUUAUUCUUAAAUUAGUAUUAUUUAAAAUUAUAACUCUUCAUCUAACUCCUUACCUACACCGUUUUGGUUGAGUGGAUGAACCGACUUCUAGUUAUGUUUCAUGUUUUAUUUUUUUUGCCAUAGGGCCAUAUUAUAUAGGAAUAUAUAAUCAUAUAUCUAAACCGUUUUCAUUAAGUAUUUACAUUUUUAUAAAAUAAAACAAUCUAACACUUGGAUCCAACUAGGCAACUACCAAUAUCAAGUGACGAUUCCAAUAAUUUUCCUAAAAAUAAAAUUUCUCUAUGUAGAAAAAUUUCUACACGUAACUUUAAUUUCUUGUAUAAUAAUCAAGAGGAGACGCAAGAGACGUUCAGAGAUGCGAAUGGGAAGUGUGUGGGAGCCACACUAAUUUCAUCUACACUGUUUGCAACCUCAUACGGUUUGACCAACAAUGCUUUAUGUUUCAAUAUUCACCGGGUUUAGGCAUUAUAUUCACUGGUUAUCCGGUCGUUGGAAGCCAAAACCGUAUGAUGUCGUCAGGAUCGUAUCUAGACAGCCGUCAAGAUGGGUUGAUCACGGCGUGUGCGUGGGACUCACGUAUAAAAGGCGAAUUUUUUCAUCAAACAACUUUCAGUGUCCCUCUCACCCACGUUAAAAGUUUUAUCAACGAGAUCAAAUAACUUGUAAAAAUCGAAUCAAAAGCUCGGUGUGGCCUUGAGCUUCACUAUGGUAUUCUGAUGCGUUACGUCAAAUCAUCUCCCGCUUAUCUAG